GAGCUACGCAAAUAAUACACAGGCACAGUGCAUUAGUGUGUCCCACAAGCCGCGCGCAGAGCUUGUGUUGAUGGUACGACCAUACCAGUUUGUAGUCGUCGGUGUCCUCGACUCGACAUUCACCCAGACAUUGCCAGUGUCACUCACUGAGUCAGCCAAGGCAGCCCAUCACCGUGCCUUUUUCUUUCGGAUUGUCGACUGUAGUGUUGAAAAAGGACACUAGCAGCCAGCUGCUGCUACUCUAGCGACUCUGCACUUUGUAGUGCAUUUUGUUACGGCCAGCUGUCAGUGUUACCUUUAGUAUACAUCAAGUACACGAGUGAAAUACUAGUGCACAUGCUUUAAUGCUGCCUGAUCAGCGAGACGACGGGGACUGAUGCUGCCACGACAUGUACCGUUCAGUUGGUGCGUCGCCUACGUGUAGGGAGUAAGGGCAUGCUAUGAUCCUGUACAUCGCACUGAGUGGAUAACAAGACUUCCACUUCCAGGUACCCCAGUAGCAAUACUGUUGACUGUUGCUGAUCAGCCGCAACAGUUAUAGUUAUACAGUCUUGACCUGCUUGCUCGACAUCAGUCCGCUGUACCAUUACCGGCAUUGGCGGUACAACGGCCGGAUACUAUAGUGAUCGGGGUACAUAGUCAUACCAGCAGAGGUAGCUGAUGUACAGUCUGGCCUUCUCCCCCAUUCUCCCGCAGGUUGGCCAUUCCAAUAUUAAUACCUCUCCGUUGACCUGAUCAGGCUAUUCGAGUUGCCGCCGGCGGAGGUGGCUGUUCCGCAGAGCCAGUUCAUUAUUCACGCUCAUAUCUGAGGCGGCUCUCAGUAAGCGAAUCAGCUCUGCCCGGCUGUGACCAUAGUAGCAAGUAUGGAUUCCACAGCACAAGUGAAGCUGCCCAAGGUCGCCAAUGGCCGAUCAAGGGGUAGCUCCUCGCCAGCUACCAUGACACUGCAUUCCGGAUUGCCCCAUGAUGCCAGCAAUCAUGGCAUCGGUGAGGAAGGAGAUCGUGAUUGCACCGCGCCAGGCUCAGUACUCGCCACAACAAAUGUCGGCGGACAUUCUACUGCUUACGCGGCAGCAUUGCUCCUGCAGCCGUUGCCCCGCGAUGCGCCGCCUAUUGACUUGUGGCCGAGUGUGACACGGCAGAAUAUUUCAGCCACCGUGAUAAAGAGUGAUAAGCACAAUCCGCUGACGGGCAGAGUGCAACCCAAAGCCAAACUGCACAUGGAUGUCCUGGACCUGACAACACCAGAACCACACCUCUUGUCCCUGCUGAACCGGAGAAUUGCACAUGGAAUGCAAGAAUUGGAGCAGGCCAGGAUAUUCAGCACCGCAGAGGAAGCAGUUCUCAAGGCUAAGGUCCACCGUGAUGCAUUUGAAGUGCUCAUCAAUGAAUUCAGAAGUUACCGACCAUUGCUGUGUCGGAUCAUGGCUGCGUAUGACAAUGCGUUAGAAGUGCAGGCCGAAGAAAUCCGGAGUCUAAAACCACUCAAGCAUGCAGCAACGACUUACAAAGCUGAAUUUGAACAACGUUGGCUGGAGAAGAAGAGUAUUGAAGACCAGACUAUCCAGAUACUGAGGAGGCAAAUCAAGGACCUGAAGCAUGAGAUCUACAGGCUGCAUGAGCGAGAGAAAGACUGGCAAGCACAGCUAGAUAAGCUGAGCAUGGAGGCAGGCAAGUCGUACAAGCGAUAUCGGGAAGAGGCUGAUCAGAGGUCAAUGCUGAUCACUGAAUUGAACGAAAUUCACUACAAGGAGCAGGAUAUGGCUAAAGCAGCGCAGGCCAAAGGGAAGCCAAGGGACGACCCGGCAGUACUGAACAUUCUCAUCAACCGGUUGAAAACAGACUUGGCGGAGGCUCAACGCAAAUUGGUGGAAACCAUUGCUGACUAUGGUGAUGUCGUUCCAAGGAAGGAGUUUGACAAGGUCUCAAAAGCCAAAAAGAAAUUGUCCAAGGAGCUGAAGUCACUCCAAGACAGUCACAAUGCCCUGAAGGCAAAACACAGUGCACUUCAAACAAAGUGUGAUGCGACACUCGUGCAGCGUGACACAAUCUGCUCGGAGCUCGUGGAGGUUCAGAGAUCGUGCACACCAAGGCCAGAUUGGAAUGCUUUCGAAGAAGACCUUGUUCCUGAAGAUGGUGACUGGAGUGAGAUUCGGGAUAUACGUACGAGUAAGCAAAUGGCAGAGGCAGUUCAUGCCCACCUGCGCAACGAACCUCUGCCGGAACUUGUUGACGGCAAGUACGGUCCUCAGGUUUUGAAAGGCAGGGGUACUGCUCCUGCCGUUCCACCACAUCUUCGUGCAGAAGGCGUCAUCCGCAACCGUCACAUUCGACAAAAAGAAGCACUGGGACUGAUUCAGGAAGUCUGGUCCACUCGCCAGCCACCGCGUGAAGAUGAAAAGAUAGCAAAGAGAACCAACUUAUCAGACCACCUUAUGAACUUGCUGGAGAAACGCUACGUCAUACCAUCGUUGUGCUCAGAGUGGGCGUACAGUCUAGAUGAUGCUUGCCGACGCUACGCACCCCAGGAUGCACACAUUGCUCUCUUCCACGCUAUCAUCAACAAGCAGGUGGACGAGAGUGCAUACCACACACAACAGAAGAUGCUCACGUCGCUCAAGGACACUCUUAUGGCUUCUACACUGCCAACAGAAGAGGCUGAUGAGGAGAAAACAGAACCAGAUGCUGAUCAGGAGGCAGGAGUCAUGUCGGGAUCAUCACUGGCUGAUAAUCUGCGCAAGGUGUUUCCCUUCAAGAGCGAAGUGAGCAUAGAUGAGCUGUGUGACUGUGCAGUGGAGGAGGCAAGCGUUAAGGCCAGCAGUGAACUAUCAACUGGAGCAGCGCCAACAGGCAGUGUCGAGCAGGUAGACACAGCUGCAGACGAGGAGCAAGCUGCGGCACCUGGCGAAUCAACAGCGGAGAAAUCAGAUGAAGAAGCUGACGGAGAGUCUAAAGUCAUGAUCAAGAAAUUGUUUGAAGUGGGUGAGACAGGCUAUGCUUCGGAGUUUGUUCACGUACUGCGCGAGCAGGAGCGACAAGAAAAACUGGAUUACCUGUCUGACAUCAACGCAGCGCUGGAACUGGAUGCGGAAAGCGACGAAGUCAAUGUAGACCAACUGAGAAGCGCUAUUCAGAAAGCUGAUCCAGAGAAGAGCGAGAAGGACGUGACACAAAUCCUAGCCUAUGCCUAUGCAACAAGCACCGCUGCUGUGCAGCCUGGAAAGACGGCCGCAGCACAACUCCCCUCCAUCAUGGAGCGCUUGCAGGCCAGGGGAUUGCAGAGGUCUGGUCCUCGGCCACAAGCAGCAAUGACCUGAUCUCGUCAAACUACAAUCUUGGAGUGCCAUUAUCAGGCCAUAUCUCUCUAGAGGUGGAGAUGUGGUCCUCAAAGUAUUGCCCGCACAAUGAUAAAGUACCGUAUAUGACUUGAGUCACCACCGAGGUUGCCCUCAUCAAUUCAUACCAGUCGCUGUUCUGCCAAACACAUCAGUAGUCUCGCACACUAUGGGUAUUGGUUAUUUCAACAAGUUUCAAAGAAUGACUGUAUUAGCCGUCAAGAAUUGCGCAAUCACUUUAUGCGCUUUGCAUUGUGAGCAGGAGUUCUAUAUCUUCGUACUACGAUGUGGCGAGAUUAUCAUUAUUAUUAUAGGUUUGCGUGUUAAAGAUCAAAUCUUUUGUGUAGCAAGAAUGAUACCUCAUUCCGCUUCUGUGUUUCUGAUUGCCGAGUAGUCUACCGUAUUGAGCUGGCGGUAUAAGGGAGGUUUCGCUCUAUGUAAGUUGCGUAUGAAAAUCUGCUAUGUCGUACAUGCCGGGGAGCGAGGGCAACUUUCACACGUAAAUCUCUCUCUCUAAAUAUCUCGACGGAUUUCCGUAGGAAAGCGCUUUCCUACGUUUCCUCCUCCGUAGGACUUUUUUUCAGAAAUAUUUUCCUCAUUUCCCCGAUUUAUCCAUGGUAACGUUCAAGCCGUGCGAAGCACAAGGUCCACAACACUUGGUAAACUAA